CUAUACGCAUUGACCAUGACCAUGUUCACGACUGUGAUGAAGCUGACCGCGUUGGCACUUGCUGCAUCUAGCGCUUUCGCAGCCGCACUUCCGGAGGGUGUCCUCGGCGUGCCUUACGCAGGCAUCAGCACAGCCAAGUACGCGCACCCCAACACCGCGCUCCUCAUCGUCGACAUCCAAUACGACUUCAUCAACGGCACUCUCAGUAACGACCGCGCGUAUAGCAUCCUGCCUAAGAUCUACCAGCUGCUUGACGAGCACGAGUGGGGGAUGAUCGCCACCUCCCAAGACUGGCACCCGCAGGACCACGUCUCCUUCGCCUCCAACCACCCGGGCCACGUGAAAGGCGACGUCGUCCAGAUCCCCGUUCUCGCCAGCAGGUUCAACGAGACAGCGCGCCAGUCGCUGACCGCGGACCAUUGUGUGCCCGGCACUAUCGGCGCCAACAUCGAGGCCGGCGUGCAGACCCGCCUGAACACCCUCCUCGGCAAGACGCCCAUCACGCAGAUCCACAAGGCGCAGAACCCGCACGUCGACUCGUAUUCUGCUUUUGCCGAUAAUCAGUACUACGAGUUCACAACUCUCGCGCCCGAGAUGCGGGCGCGCAACAUCGAGCACGUCGUCGUCACAGGGCUCGUUACCACCGCCUGCGUCUACGGCUCCAGCGUCGACGCGACCAAGCUCGGAUUCGGGGUCACCGUCAUUAGCGACGGCGUCGAGACCUCGACCGCCGAGGCGCAAGCGACCGCGCUCGAGGAGCUCGAGACGUGGUGGGGCGUCACCGUGGAAACCCUCGCCGACUUCGAGGCGAGCGAGUAGAUGUUUGGGAGAGGUAGCAGAGAUGCGUAUGAGAAUCAUCUAGAUGAAGAAUCAGCUAGACGAAGAGUCUGCAUAUAUAGAACACACGUCUCAAUGAGAUCCAAGAACGACCAACAUCUCAUUACGAGCGACAACAAUACGGUUCUACAGUACAGAGAACAGCUAUCCAUCCAUAUACUACCAGUACACCUUGAAUGCCACCGCGACCCCAUAUAACAGCGCGAAACUUAACCUGCUAGUAUCAGUACACUACCGAUAAAGCGCCGAGUCCGAGUAUAACGUCCAACAUAUGUACAACCAAUGCAGCCUUGACCACAGGGGAAGACAUUCAAUCCAUGCGCGGCGACCCAUGCCCCAUCCGCGGUGACAUCCGCGUCCUCGGGCUCGUCUUGUGCGCCUGCAUCUCCUCAUCAUCCACAUCCGCCUCGAACAACGUCUCUUCGAAAUCCUCCGCUUCAUCCCCGCCCCUCGCCUGACCUG